GCCAAUCCAACCCCAUUUAUACACACUUCAUCUGUUUGCACCUAGACAUUUUCCAAGUCCAUCUCUCUCUCUUUCUCUCUCUCUCUCUCACACACAACCCUUUCCAUUUCAUUUCUGUUGCAUCGCUCUUUGUGCUCAUGGAAGUUAACACCACAGGGCCACUUGUUGGUCUUUUAGCAGGAAACCAUACCAACAAACAACACGACUCUUCACAUUUUCAAGGCCAUGACCACCACCACCACCGUCACCACCACAAAAUUUUCCCUUCAAAAUCCUUUCUCUUAAUCACCAUAUCCAUCAUUUCAUUUGUGCUCCUUCUUGCCAUAUUUCUCAUCUUAUUAAUGCUCAGACGACUCAAGUCCUCCAAAAACAAUGGUCUUUACAAAGAGAGUACUGGCAUCCAUAAUGGCAGUAGUAGAUUCGUUGCUCAAACUGCUAUAAAUUUCAAUUCUAGCCCAGAGUUGAAGGGUGGAUGUCUCCAUGGAGGGCAUUUUGGGAGGUCACAACUACAUUAUCAUCAACAUGGAUACAAAGGAGUGCAAGUAUUCACAUACAAGGAACUUGAAGUGGCCACAAGUGGAUUUAGUGAAGGGAAUGUGAUUGGUAGAGGAGGCUUUGGAGUGGUGUAUAGAGGUGUCCUACGUGAUGGAACUGUGGCUGCAAUUAAGAUGCUCCAUAGGGUGGGGAAGCAAGGAGAGCGUGCUUUCAGGGUUGAGGUGGACUUGCUUAGCAGAUUGCAUUCUCCUUAUUUAGUGGAGCUGCUUGGCUAUUGUGCUGACCAACAUCACAGGCUCCUUAUCUUUGAAUUCAUGCCCAAUGGCAGUCUCCAACACCACCUUAACAAUGGACAUCAGCCGUUGGAUUGGGGGACCCGGUCGAGGAUAGCCCUUGAUUGUGCCAGGGCUCUUGAGUCCAUUCAUGAGCAUGGCAUCUCACCAGUUAUCCACCGCGACUUCAAGUGCGCCAAUGUUCUCUUGGAUCAAAAUUUCCGGGCCAAAGUAUCGGAUUUCGGAUUGGCCAAAAUGGGUUCGGACAAGAUCAACGGUCAGAUUUCAACGCGCGUGCUGGGGACCACGGGAUAUCUGGCACCAGAGUAUGCUUCAACUGGAAAGCUUACAACAAAAUCUGAUGUAUACAGCUAUGGUGUUGUUCUUUUGGAGCUGUUAACAGGUCGCGUACCGGUAGAUACCAAGCGACCCCCUGGAGAACAUGUCCUUGUUUCAUGGGCCCUUCCAAGGUUAACAAGCAGAGAAAAGGUUGUGGAGAUGGUUGAUCCAGCUUUAAAAGGCCAUUACUCAAAGAAGGAUCUAAUUCAGAUAGCCGCUAUUGCCGCCAUGUGUGUGCAGCCAGAAGCAGAUUAUCGGCCUCUAAUGACUGAUGUUGUGCAGUCACUGAUCCCACUCGCUAAGAACUCAUCUGUCAGUAUCUCUAGCUCCACAAGAUUUACCAACCAAAGAGUGAGUCCCAGGUAUCAGGUUACUCCAUGAAAACUGGGAC